UGUCUGGACUUCCUUCUCUGACUCAUUCCAUUUUCUCUCUCUCGCCGGAGGGAGAAGACCCACCGGCGACCGCCAUUUCCAACCAACCAUGCUCUUGAAGCCAUUCAACACCGUCCCCGUCAUCUUCAUGUUUGCUCUCGCAUUCUUCAUCCUCCUCUUAACUGGUUUUCUUGAAUUUCCAUCGGCGUUCACUUCCAUCGUACCGCCGACCGACGAUCUGAAUCUCUCAGCCGUUGAGUUUGUAUCUGAUCCUUUCACUGAUUUGAUCACCUCUUUUAAUAAAUGGGAUUCUCAGGUCGGUUGUGAUCGGUUUCGGGAGAAAAUUGGCGGCGGUUUGGGUAAUCGGUCUUCGUCUUCUUCGCUGCAGCUAGUCGGCGCCGAUUCUAGUGGUGAUUGUCGCGCUCUGAAAUUGGUUCAUGUUGCUGUGUUGGUGAAAGGAUGGACAUGGAUUCCGGAUAAUUUAGACAAUUUGUAUUCGUGUUCUUGCGGAUUGAGUUGUCUUUGGACUAAAUCUUCUGUUCUUGCUGAUAAACCUGACGCCUUGUUCUUCGAGACCAGUACGCCUCCGAGACAGAGGCGCAGGGGAGAUCCUCUUCGCGUAUAUAUGGAUCUCGAGGCUGGUCGGAAGCGCUCGGGUUUUGAGGAUCUAUUUGUUAGUUAUCAUGCAGAAGACGACAUUCAGUCAACUUACGCAGGAGCACUCUUUCACAAUGGUCGAAACUAUCACGUAUCUUCUUCUAAAAACAAUGAUACGCUCGUUUAUUGGUCGUCGUCCCGCUGUCUUCCCGAAAGAAAUCAGCUAGCUGAAAAGCUUCUAACUUUGCUGCCUCACCAUUCAUUUGGCAAGUGCUUGAACAAUGUAGGCGGACUGGAUAUGGCCCUCUCUAUGUACCCUGAAUGUGCGAAUGAUGGCAGUGUUACCCCAAAAUGGUGGGAUCAUUUGCAUUGCGCAAUGUCUCAUUACAAAUUUGUUCUAGCAAUCGAAAACACGAUGACCGAAAGUUACGUGACAGAGAAGCUAUUUUACGCGCUAGACUCUGGUUCGGUUCCGAUCUAUUUUGGUGCCCCAAAUGUUUGGGACUUUGUCCCUCCACAUUCUAUAAUUGAUGGGUCUAAAUUCCGCUCGUUAGAAGAGUUAGCUUCUUAUGUAAAGCGACUUGCCAAUGACCCGGUAGCUUAUGCCGAGUACCAUGCUUGGAGACGAUGCCGCACGUUGGGUAACUAUAGAAUGACCCGUGCUGCAAGCCUCGACACGCUGCCGUGCCGAGUAUGUGAUGCUGUGAGCAGAAAGGGUGGUAGAAAUGCUUGAGCUCACCCAGUUAGGAAAUGGAUGUAGGUAGAAAAAUCAUACAGGAUCACAGUAAAAUCUUUUUGAUUUAUUACCAUUAUUGAGCCAUUAGUUAAUUA